AUGAAAACCAAUGAAUUAUUGGUGAAAACUUCCUCGAAUUUGUACACCAAAGCUGAUGAUGAGGUGGAUGCUAUAGAUAAAGUAGGACCAAUCAAACUUAUAACAGAAGGUAAACCUUCGAACAACUUUGGAGAGCCUGGCCUUAUGAGGUGUGGUUAUAACGAUGCUAAAAACUGGGUAAGAAGAUUAUCCAGCGACACAAUUGUAGGAGAAGAAACGAAUAACCUGUACCCGUCUUAUGUUGAUACUGCCUACGAUGUUCGGCGUUUAAGAAAAGAUAUUAUAAACGCUAAAGUUGAAUUGUACGUUGAGAAUUUGAUGAUCAUUUGUAAUAUUAAUGACGUUUCGACCGUGUUUCUCAUGAGAGAAGUUGUGGAAUGGACUUUACGCAACUUUCUAUCAAUUACUGUAUACGUACAAGACAUUUUCAAAAAUUCAACUCAUUUUGAUGCUGGUGAUCUCUGCAGGGAUAGCAAUAGCAAACAAAAUAGAAUAAAGUACUGGUCAGAAAAAUUUGUACAAAGUCAUGAUUCGUUCUUUGAUUUAGUGAUUACGUUGGGGGGUGAUGGAACUGUACUUUUUGCUUCAUCUAUAUUUUCUAAAAACGUUCCACCAAUAGUUCCAUUUGCCCUUGGUUCACUGGGGUUUUUAACAAACUUUGAGUUUCAUAAAUUCAAGGAGAUAUUAAAACAUAUCUUGAAGGAUAAAGUUCGUGUUAAUUUACGAAUGAGAUUGCAGUGCAGGCUUUAUCGUAGAAACAAACCCGAAAUUGAUCCUGUGACUAGAAAAAAGGUAUGCUUCAUUGAUUUUGUCUCGGAGCAUCACGUUCUAAAUGAGCUGACCGUAGAUAGAGGUCCCACUCCCUGUUUAUCACUACUGGAACUUUACGGACACAACUCAUUAAUGACCAAGGUUCAAGGAGAUGGGUUGAUUGUAGCUACACCAACAGGAUCCACAGCGUACUCAUUGAGUGCGGGGGGGUCUUUAAUAUCGCCAAGUGUGAACGCUAUAGCAGUUACUCCCAUCUGUCCUCAUACUCUGAGUUUUAGGCCUAUAAUUCUGCCGGAUAGUAUGGAGUUAAAAGUUAAAGUAGGCAUGAAUUCAAGAGGAACGUCGUGGGUAAACUUUGAUGGUAAAGAUAGAGUCGAACUUAAACAAGGUGACUAUGUCGUAAUAGCUGCAAGUCCCUAUGCAGUACCAACCGUCGAAUCGUCCCCAAGUGAAUUUUUCGAAAGCAUCAGUAAAAAUCUCAAUUGGAAUGACCGCGAGGAACAGAAGCCGUUUGCACAUAUUCUCUCUCCUAAAAAUCAAGAAAAGUAUAAGAUGGAUUCAUCUAAGAAUGAACAUGGCAGCAUAACUAACAGCUUCGAUAGCCUAUCCACAAGUUUAGAUGCGCACAAUGAAGAGAGGCAACCUAAAGCAGAGCCAGAAAUAGUUGUUGAACGGACUCGACAAGCGCAUUUUGCAAUUUAG